AUGAUCACAGUACAAAUAAACACUCCUAAUGCACACAAGACAGCUUCUUAUGACCAAGCUACAUUAUCACAAAGUUUGAAAGGUUCAUUCCCAAAUUUAAGGAAUUUAUUAUCUUCACCUGGUAAACCACGUUUUAAACCAUCAAAAUCUUCAUUAGAUUUAACUCAAAAAGAAUAUGAUCAAUAUUUCACUGUUAAAUCUACAUCUACUAAGAUCCAAGAAAGAUUAAAACAAGUAUUACCUCCUAUAGAUUUGAAGAUUAUCUUUUUUUGUUCAAUAUGGUAUACAUUUAGUGCUAUAUCAUCAAAUAUAUCAAAAGAUAUAUUAAGAGAAUUCCCACAUCCAACUACAUUCACAGAAUUACAAUUCUUAACAAGUUCACUUUUUUGUAUUGCAACAUUAUUAAUCAUAAAUAAUAAUAGAGUGUUAAUUGAUAAAUUCCCACAAGGUACAUUACCAACAAAAGAUCAAUUUAAAAAAUCAUUUUCAACUUGGAAUUUAAUUCAACCUUCAGAAAAAAUUAUAAGAACUACUUUUGCAAUGGGUAUUUUCCAAUUCAUUGGUCAUAUUACAUCUCAUAAAGCUACUAAUGUUAUCCCUGUUAGUUUAGUUCAUUCAGUUAAAUCAUUAAGUCCAAUCACCACAGUUUUGGUCUAUAGAGCAUUAUUUAAAGUUAAAUAUCCAAUUGUUACAUAUUUAACAUUGAUACCUUUAGUUACAGGUGUUAUAUUAACAUGUUUUUCCAAGAAGAAGCAAAAUUUAAAUUUGGAUUUUAAUAAAGGUUUAAUAUUUGCAUUUAUUUCAAUGAUUAUAUUUGUUAGUCAAAAUAUUUUUGCUAAGAAAAUCUUAACAGUUAAACCAAAAACUUUACCACAAUCUACUAAACAAAACAACAAUGAUGAUGAUGAAAAAAUUGAUAAAAUUACAAUUUUAUUAUAUUGCUCAAUUAUUGGAUUUAUUUUAACAUUACCAGUUUAUUUAAUUAGUGAAUUUUCAAAUCAAUCAUUUACUUUAACAGAAUUAAAUUUCUCUAUAUUAGGAUUAUUAUUCUUACAUGGAUUAAGUCAUUUUUGUCAAGCAAUGUUGGCAUUUCAUAUCUUGGGUAUGGUAUCACCAGUUAAUUAUUCAAUUGCAAAUAUUAUGAAAAGAAUUGUUGUUAUUUCUAUGGCUAUAAUAUGGGAAGGUUCAAGUGUUAAUAGAAAUCAAGGUUUCGGUUUGGUUUUAACUAUUCUAGGAUUAUAUUCUUAUGAUAGAUGGGGUGUUGUUAAGAAAUGA